AUGGCAGUCGUAUACACACUGCUAGUGUUAUUCUUGGCAGUUUUUCUGGCUGGAUUUGCCCUGUUGAUUAUGGGGGCAAUUCACUUUGAUUUCUCCAACUCAGAAGUUCCUCCUGGAGUGAAUCAGCCUGUGAAGCUCCGAGUCCUUCACAUCAUUUUGAUAAGCAGAGCUGUGGUGGGAAAGAUUUUGGAAAACAUUGGCAUCUGCAGUCAGAUUAGCUUUGUCCGGUACCUGCAAGGUGGGAAGCCUCUAGGAGUGGACCCAGAGCUCUUCAUCAAGGACACGUGGUUUGAGGAAGUGCCUGUAAGGAUUUAUCAGCCUAAAGUUCCAUCUGACAGCCAAAGGAGAGGAAUUAUGUUUUUCCAUGGAGGAGGAUUCGUAUUUGGAAACCUUGAGACCUACGAAAAGCUGUGCCGUUCCAUUGCCAGAGAAAGUCAAUCACUGGUUGUAUCUGUUGGGUACCGCUUGGCUCCUGAACACAAAUACCCUGCUGCACAUGAAGACUGUCUGAAUGCUACCAUACACUUCAUGAAGAACAUCCAGCACUAUGGUGUGGAUCCUGACAAUGUCAUUGUCUGUGGGGACAGUGCUGGGGGCAAUCUAGCAGCUGCUGUCAGCCAAACCCUGGCAGGUAGAUCAGACCUCCCCAAACUACGUGCGCAGAUCUUGCUCUAUCCAGGACUUCAGGCACUCGACUUCAAUUUACCAUCCUAUCAGCAGAACCGAAGAGUCCCUCUCCUGUCCCGGGAACGAGCUGCUUGCUUUGGUUUGCUCUACCUAAAUGGGGAUGCAUUGCAUCUGAAAGAGGUCUUGGAGGGCUCUCAUAUUCCUAUAGAUAUCAAAUUAAAUUAUAGGAAGUGGGUGAGUCCAGACAACAUCCCUGAACGAUUUAAGGUCAGAGGCUACAAACCACACGUGCUACUUGACUGCACAGCUGCUGUCAGUGAGUCAGUGAAAAGAUUCUGUGAGCCCAACCUGUGUCCUCUGCUGGCUGAAGAUGCUGUUAUUCAGCAGCUGCCUGAGUCUUUCAUCUUGACUUGUGAAUAUGAUGUGCUGAGGGAUGAUGGCUUGCUUUACAAGAAGAGAUUGGAGGACAAUGGUGUUCGAGUGACCUGGUACCACCUUGAGGAUGGAUUCCAUGGAAUCUUCAAUACAUUUAAUAGUGACUGGCUGUCAUUUUCAGCUGGAAAAAGGGGUCUUGACAUUAUCGUAAACUUUCUAAAAAGCUUAUAG